GCAUCAGCUGGUUUGCCGAUGACAGAGACAGCAGCGGGAGGGUUGGCGCACCAGCCGCCAUGGGGGAAGCGGAGAAGUUCUGCUAUGUCUACAGCUGCGAGCUGGACCUGAACGUGCAGCUGAAGAUAGGCAGUUUGGAAGGGAAGAGAGAGCAGAAGAGCUACAAAGCGGUUUUGGAAAGCCCCAUGCUGAGGUUCUCCGGGUUGUAUCAAGAAACGUGUUCUGACCUCUAUGUCACCUGCCAGGUGUUUGCAGAAGGAAAGCCCCUUGCUCUCCCUGUCCGGACAUCCUACAAAGCUUUCAGCACCAGGUGGAACUGGAAUGAAUGGUUAAAACUGCCAGUUAAAUACCCAGAUUUGCCCCGAAAUGCUCAGGUGGCCUUCACAAUAUGGGACAUCUAUGGACCCGGGAAAGCAGUCCCUGUGGGGGGCACAACGGUCUCUCUCUUUGGGAAAUAUGGGAUGUUCCGUCAAGGGAUGCACGAUCUCAAAGUGUGGCCCAACGUGGAGGCAGAUGGUUCCGAGCCCACCAAGACCCCUGGGAAAACAAGCAGUACAUUUUCAGAAGACAAGAUGAGUCGGUUAGCCAAGCUCACCAAAUCCCACAGGCAGGGGCACAUGGUCAAAGUCGAUUGGCUGGAUCGGUUGACCUUUCGAGAAAUUGAAAUGAUCAACGAGAGCGAGAAGCGAGUUCUAAUUUUAUGUACCUGAUGAUUGAAUUCUGUUGCGUCAAAUGCGAUGACAAAGAGUACCCAUUGUGUAUUACG